AUGAACAUCUGGGUAUUACUUCCUUUUGCCUGGACUGUGGUUUAUACCAUCGAGACCUCCGUACAAAAAGAAGAACAUAUACCCGGUCAACUGGUAAACUCUCACCAUGUUGAGGUAUAUCCAAGCCGCCAUCAUGAUGAACUUUACGAAGUGACAUCUCAUGGAAUAUACCACAAUCCAUCAAGCAGAGGAGGAAGUUCAGUAACCCUCGCCUACGGAUUUUGGAUGGCUGAUAGACUACCAAAGGAGAAAAGGAUUCAGAACCCAUGGGUAGAUUUAAUCAAGGGUAAAAAAUCCAUUGCGCCAUCGCCUGGAUCUUUAAACACAUACCGUAAGAUUUCUCAACAGAUAAGCGAGCAGGGAGAAGAUUCGAAGGUUUACCCUCUAGCUCUCUUGGUUUUACAGCUUGAGAGUCAUUUCAUAGAAAGGAAGACUGGACAGGAUUUUACUGUUUGUGACAAGCCUUCAUUCAAGAAGUAUUUGAAGAAAUGUAUUGCAACAGCACAAGAAGUCUUGCAAGAUGUUUCUCUUGAACCCAGAGAGAGGCUUUGGACUCUUGGAAUCCUUUCGUGGUUCAAGCCUCAUAUGAAAAAGACCUUUCGUUCAGAACUACGUGCAUUUCAUGCAGGAGAGAAGGUCACUCAAGGCGAAGCAGAGCUUUUUCUGCUAUGUGGUCAUUUGAAGGCUCUGGAAACCGAGGUGAAAAGGAUGUGGGUUCCAGGAAUUGCCUCCAAAGAUCGUGAGAUACGUGAUAUGAUCCCAUUGAACUUUGUGGACUCGCAGAAUUUGAUCGAAGACAUCAAGAUACUCUUUGAGCCAAUUGAUACUACGGUAGAACAAAAACCGGUGGCAGCGUAUUAUAAACACUCUGUUGUGGAACGGGAGCUGGCAUACCACAUGUUGACCCACCUGCGUAUCUCACAAUAUCAUGAGAUAAGCAUAUGGAAACAUCUUUCAAGGAGAUUUUGGUCACGUGCUAACGUACAAUGUCAAUUAAAAUGCUUCGAUUCCCGGCAAAAGAAUCGACCUUUGAUCGAGGAAAACGUGGAACGCAUCAAACAUAUAAGCUCGCUGGGUCUCAAUGAUGUGAAAGUUAAACAGGCGAUGGCAGAAUAUUUUGAAGCUUCACAUGAGCUUGGUGCAAAGAGUUUGAAGAUGUUAUUAGCUUACUCGCAUUUGGAUCCAGAUGUAAAAGGGAUGGUCGAGCGUUGGAUACAGAGCCUUCGCACAUGUCCUUUGUAUCUGGCUCAGAUAUUAAAGGACAUCUAUCCUGACCUGGCACCAAAAUUGUACGAUGAUUAUUAUCCACACGAGAUAUUCACAUUCAAUACGCGCCUCCUUCCAUCUGCCAGAAGAGUGAUCCUUGAGAAGAUGCUGGUUGAAGGAGCAAUUGUACCUCAAAAAACAUUUGACAAGUACAAGAAGGUAGAAUGGGUAUACCCACCUACUGUGCAUAGCAAUUUGAACAAGCUGUUAGACGAGCUGAUGGAAAUUUUCCAAAGUGAAAGCAUGGAACAAAACAUUCAUAACAAGGAAUUGUUAUUUGAAUACAUUGCACAAAUUGUGGCUCAUGGGCGUGGGGCUGAGCAACACCUGCUAGAGAUCUUUCGAUUGAAGGACUUCAAGAACCCAGCAUUCGAAAUCCAAUUUGUUAAUGAUGCAGUAAAAAAUCCAUCCCCUAUCAGCGGUAUUGCACCCGAUGAAUACCUGGGAGUUGCUGUAAAGGUUAAAAAUCAGUUAUUCUAUUUUAGAUUGGACUAUGCGGAUUUAGUUCAAAGGCAAAAGUCCAAAAACCGAAAUCGGGGGUUCAAUUUCUCUGCUACAAAAAGUUCAUGUCCCUCGGCAAAGGUCGAUAGAGGAUUGAGCCAAAUGAUGCUCCAUAUGGGUAUCAAGCAAACAUGUUCAUGGCAUCAACAAUGCUUCUAUCUAGACAAGCCUUACAGUUAG